CCGGAAGUAGAGGCUUGUGGCGAAACUGUUGCUUCGAUCCGCCAUGGGCAGACUGACUAUUUAAAUAAAUAUACAUAACUUCACCUUCAAUUGAACGUACUGAAGAGUUGGACCUUCGAAGCGAGCGGCCGUGUUCGAAGCGACUCCAACUUAUGAACGGGAAACAUUAUGGACACCGUAGAUAGUCAGAGCAGCGCGGCGGACCCGGCCAAGAAGAGCGGCCGGACGUCGUUGCUCGACAGCGGGGAGGACUUUGAGGUCUUGGACGAGGAUGACAUUGACGACGACCCCCCUCCCCUAGAAGACGCCGGCGCCGGGGAGGGCCGGGACUCACACAAGGAACGCGGAGAUGAGGAGACAGACCGAGAAGAAGCAUCGCAGGAAUGGCUGGAUAUGCUAGGUAAUGAACAACUGAAGAAAAAGGUCCUGGUGGCAGGCGAGGGCCGAGACAGUCGACCAAAGAAAGGACAGAAUGUGACCAUUUGUCUUAAAACAUUCCUGAAGGAUGGAACGCUGGUGGAGGAACAACCCAAGCUCACGUUCACUCUGGGAGACGGCGAUGUCAUCCAGGCCCUUGAUCUCGCAGUGCUGCUCAUGGAAAUGGGCGAAAAGGCUCUCGUCCAAACUGCUGCCACAUAUGCAUAUGGUACCUGGGGAAGUUGUGAACCGGAUGUGCCGCCCAAUGCUGAGCUGUCUCUGGAAGUGGAGCUGAAGGAAGUCUGCGAUGCAGCAGACCUGGAACUCCUGCCCCCGCUAGAAAAGAUCGCACUGGCCAGUGGAAAGAGAGAAAGGGGCAAUGUCCAUUAUCAGCGCGCAGACUACGCUUUCGCCAUCAACUCUUACGGCAUUGCCCUGCAGAUCAGUGAAUCCAGCUCCAAAGUGGACAUAAACCCAGAGGAGGAAAACGAGUUGAUAGAUGUGAAAGUGAAGUGUCUGAACAACAUGGCGGCGGCACAGCUCAAGCUGGACCACUACGAAGCUGCGUUCAAGUCGUGCUUCGCCGCCCUUGCUCACCAGCCAAAUAACAUCAAAGCACUCUUCCGCAUGGGCAAAGUAAUGGCCUUGCAAGGCGAAUAUGGAGAAGCCAUUCAAACUUUGAGAAAAGCACUGAAGCUGGAACCAAGCAACAAGACCAUCCACGCAGAGCUGUCCAAACUAGUGAAGAAACACUCUGAGCAGAGAGGAGCAGAGCAGGCCAUGUACAAGAAGAUGCUUGGUAACCCCGCCAGCAGCGGCCCACACAAACGCUGGACUAAGUCGUCAUGGGGUCUCAGCUGGAAGUGGUUAUUCGGCGCCACGGCAGUCGCCAUCGGUGGCGUAGCCUUAUCGGUGGUCUUGGCUGCCAGAAACUGAAGCGAGCGCCUUUUUUCGUUAGCUUGUGAACGGACCAAGAAAGAAGCACAUCUGGCACAGAGGACAUGUCAGCAUAGUCAAUCGAAUGAGGAGUUAAAACACUACUGUUUGUUCAUGAGAAGUUUGAUGUAUGCAUCACGUAUUUGUAUCUUAACAACCCCUGUAGGAGCUAUUUAUCAGUAAUCCUCCCCUUUUAGGCCUGCGACAAGGACCACUUUGCUUUGAAUCUGAAAUGGCCGCUGCCAUGUUCAGAUUCAAAGCAAAGUGGGCCUGCGACAAGGACCAUUAUAAAAAGCUCAAAAUCAUUUAUUCCACGUGUUGCCAAUAUAUAAUUCAGUGAACCCCCACAUAUUUACAGUUCGGUAUUUGCCCAAUCGCUGAAUUGAAUAUUUUUUUGGGGGGGGGGAAUCCUAUCCUCUUGCCUAAAAGCUCACCUAUUUGCUGUUUUUGUGCUAAGGCCAAAAAAAGCUAUGUCUGAUGUAACAGUAUUGCUCGGGUGUUGUGGCCAAGAACCGAUGUUGAAGUAAGAGAAUGAUCUUAAUUUAGUCAGAACGAAAGUGCUUUGUCACAAUCUUGUGGCAUCUAUAGGCUUUUACAAACCUUAGGGUGGCUGUAUUACUAGCGGUGUUUCACUAUCACCUUGAAUACUGGGGGUUCACUGUAAUGCACUAUUUUACUUCUCCUACUUCAUAUUCAUUACUUUUCAUCCAUCCAUCCAUUUUCUGAGCCGGUUCUCCUCACUUGGGUCGUGGGCAUGCUGGAGCCUAUCCCAGCUAUCAGCGCGCAGGAGGCGGGGUACACCCUGUACUGGUUACCAGCUAAUCCCAGGGCACAUACAAGCAAACAACCAUUCACACUCACAUUCACACGUACGGGCAAUUUAGAGUUGUCAAAUAACCUACCAUGCAUUUUUUUAGGAUGUGGGAGGAAAUCGGAGUGCCCGGAGAAAACCCACACAGGCACGGGAGAACAUGCAAACUCCAUACAGGCGGGGCCGGGGAUUAAAUCCCGGUCCUCAGAGCUGUGAGGCAGACGCUCUAACCAGUCGACCACCGUGCCGCCUCAUUACUUUUCAGUUUGUAUUAAAUUAUUCUAGAAUGUGUGUGAUGUAAGUUGAAUAGAGCACAAGGUACAGUUUGCUUAGAUAAACAUCCAAAGCCAAACAUUAGGAACAUUCUGCGAGGUGAUCUGCAAUGCUGUAAAACAGUCCGACCUUGACACUGCAGGAAGAGAGCCUAUUUUGGAUGUUUUUGUCACCUAUAUAGCGUCCCCUCCAAAAGUAUUGGAACGGAAAUAUCAAUUCCUUUGUUAUUUUCAAAAGACAUUUGGGUUUGCGAUCAAAAGAUGAAUACGAAACAAAAGUUCAAAAUUCCAGCUUUUAUUUCAUGGUAUUUACAUCGAGAUGUUAAACGACUCAGGAUAGAGCACCUUUUGUUUGAAGCCACCCACUUUUCAAGUGAGCAAAAGUAUUGGAACAUGUGACUGCUGGGGGAUUACUUAAACAUUAGCUAGUGCUUGUGUUUGGCUUUGGGUUACACCUGUGAAAACGGAAUUUGCUGUUAUGCAAACAUGAACAUGAGAGCUGUCUAUGGGAGAAAAGGAAACCAUUUUGAAGUUGAGAGAAGGGGGAAAUUCGAUCAGCGCUAUUGCACAAACAUGGGGCAUAGCCAAUACAACAAUUUGGAAUGUCCUGAAAAACAUCUGGUGUACUGAGGAAGAGACAUCGAACAGGUCGGCCGGUCUAGAUGUAAAUACCAUGAAAUAAAAGCUGGAAUUCUGAACUUUUGUCUCAUUUAUCUUUUCAUUUGAAACCCAAAUGUUUUCAGUAUACAACAAAAAGGAAUUGACCUUGCUGCUCCAAUACUUUUGGAGGACACUUUAUACCUCAGGUUUUGACAGUUUUAAGACCAAAUGUUGACAAGUCUAAUGCGGGUGAAGUGUGUGAGGUACUUUGAUUUUGUUUCCUUUAAAAUGUGAAUUUAUUCCAGCGUCAUUGCUAGUUGCUUUGUAGGAAAUGCACCUGAGCUACAUGAAUGUGCCCUUGGUAAAUAUAAAUUAAAGAAAAAGAUGCCAUUAACAGUUGGUGACAAAAGAUUUCCUGUUUAAUUUUGUAUACAUCAGAAUAAAUGUUUUUUUUCUGUCGUCA